GGACCUGUUGCACCGCGCCGAGCCGUGCCGAGCCGUGCCGGGUGGCCGCCCGCCGGCUCCCCCCACCCCCGGAGCACGAAGCCCCCUCGCAUUUUCCCGACGAGCCGGGGAUGGGGGGACCUCGGUGGCGGCUCUCCCCGCCCUGACGGCGCCCCCCGGCCCCGCGGUGCCUUCGUGGCCGCCCCCUCCCCGCCCGGGGCGGUGCCGUGCCGUGCCGUGCCGUGCCGUGCCGGGGGGCGCAGCGCGGCGCAGCGGAGCCCCGCGGAAGAUGGCGUACAUCCAGUUGGAACCAAUAAAUGAGGAUAAGCAGCCAAAAUGAGGACAAAGAUGGAGACUCUGAUAAUACAAUCAGUGAACUGCCUCCCACUCUUCAGGAUGUUUCCCCUGACAGAAGGCGGUCAUCUUCAGAUGCAUCACGGUCCACUUACAGCCUCACCAGGCGGAUUUCAAGUUUAGAGUCGAGGAGGCCAAGUUCUCCAUUAAUUGACAUUAAACCUAUUGAGUUUGGAAUAAUAGGAGCCAAGAAAGAAAUAGUUCAGCCAACUAUCCUGCGGAAAACCUAUAGCCCGGAUGACUAUUUUAGAAAAUUUGAACCAAGACUGUACUCUCUUGACUCAAAUAGCGAUGAUAUGGACUCCUUAACAGAUGAGGAAAUCUUAUCGAAGUACCAGCUGGGCAUGCUGCACUUUAGCACUCAGUAUGACCUGUUGCAUAAUUACCUAAUAGUGCGAGUCAUUGAGGCUAAGGACCUGCCUCCCCCGAUUUCAUACGACGGCUCCAGGCAAGAUAUGGCUCACUCCAACCCCUACGUGAAGAUCUGCCUGCUUCCAGACCAGAAGAACUCCAAGCAGACCGGAGUUAAGCGCAAAACUCAGAACCCAGUGUUUGAAGAGAGGUACACAUUUGAAAUCCCAUUUUUAGAAGCCCAGAGAAGAACUCUGCUUUUAACCGUAGUGGAUUUUGACAAAUUCUCACGCCAUUGUGUUAUUGGCAAAGUGUCAAUGCCCUUGAGUGAUGUAGACCUUGUGAAAGGCGGUCACUGGUGGAAAGCCCUUGUUCCUAGUUCUCAGAAUGAAGUCGAGCUGGGGGAGCUGCUGUUGUCACUAAACUACCUACCCAGCGCAGGAAGACUGAACGUGGACAUCAUUAGAGCAAAACAGCUUCUUCAGACAGACAUGAGCCAAGGUUCAGAUCCCUUUGUGAAAAUUCAGCUUGUUCAUGGAUUGAAGUUAACCAAAACCAAGAAAACCUCCUGCAUGCGAGGGACCAUAGAUCCCUUUUACAACGAGUCCUUCAGCUUCAAGGUUCCACAAGAAGAACUGGAAAAUGCCAGCUUGGUGUUCACAGUGUACGGGCACAACGUGAAGAGCAGCAACGACUUCAUCGGGAGGAUCGUCAUCGGCCAAUACUCCACGGGUGCCCCCGAGUCCAACCACUGGCGCCGGAUGCUCAACGCACACCGGACGGCCGUGGAGCAGUGGCACAGCCUGCGCUCCCGGGAGGAGUGCGACCGCGUCUCCCCCGCGUCCCUGGAGGUGACAUGAGCUGUGACACCAGCGGCAGCCAAACCAAGCAGGCGGACGAGGUGGGGGAAAAAACCCCAACCACCAAAACACCCAACCUCACACCCACCCCACAGCAGCUCUAUUGGACUGAAGCAGCUGCCGGUACCCGCCUGGCUGCACUGGCCUCUGUGCAAACCUCCGCAGCACCAACCAUGUCCCACCGGGUCCCAUGCCAGCAGCUCCCCUGGGGCCACCAGCGGCCUGGCCAGCAGGACCUGUUGCUACCCGCGUCCGGCUCCGGUGUUUUUUAGUGAUGGAGAGCAUCGUCCAGAGCAGGGCGGGCUGCAGGCGGAGGUGCCGGUGGACAUGCCGAGAUGGGGAAGAGUUUUGAGUUUCCUCUGCUCUCCUUACGGUCCAAAUCCAUGACUCGUCCUCUCAGAGAUAUACGUACCUGUGUGCUCUUGUUGGUGAACGUGGUAAUUAGGCUAGGAUGUUUUUUUAAAUGGUAGAAGCUGUGGUGAAACCGAUUCUGGCUCCAGUUUUGUCCUUGUACUCGUUUCAACAGAAUUAAGCUCCUGUUAGUACGUGCCAGGCACACGCAGCCCCGUGCACGUGGGUCUGAUGUACCGUCAGCAGUGAGGUCUGCCACUCUCCAUAGCAGUCUGUGUGUGUCAAGUAGAUACCGUGACGAUAUAGCGAAGUAAACGUCUCCAGUAGCACUUAUACUUUCCAAUACUUCCCUGUGUUGUGCAAAAGAAACCUGCUGUGGGGACUUUUGCGGUUAAGAACACCCAAAAUGCACAAUUUUAAUUCCCUGACAGACUGCAGUGGCUCUUUCUGUGUUGUAUGUGUUAACCGAGGUAGUUUUCGAGGUCACCACGUGAACUUAGCUGCAGUCAGGCUGUCCUGUUGGUUGCUUCUGUACAUUUUUCUUUUUUUCCACAGCAUAUUGUCUGGUAUGAUGCAGACUGUAUAUUUAUUGAAAAUAAAAAUCUAUUUAAUUGUGC